GAAGCCUCGUGCACUAUAAAGAGUAGUGCCAUAUAAUUCAUUGGCAUAAGUCCAUGUGAAAUGGCUGCACCUGUUGCUAUAGGCACAAGGGGCACUAUUGGAUCAUUAGUGAGAAAGGAAAUUGAAUAUUUCACUAAGUUUGAGUUAGACAUAAGAGGAAUUUCACAGAAACCUCAGCAACAUCUUGUAGACAUGGAGAAAGCAAAGAAGCCUAGUUUCUGGUUUUUGCCAACAACCUGGAAGAAAAGGAAGCAAAGAAGUUCAACAAAUAGGUUCAUCCGAAAAAUAUGUUCUGUUACAGAAGUAGAUUAUGAAAGUAAUCAAUUCAACAGAAUUCCUGGUUACAGCUACAAGAUCCUCAGGGAUGAUAUCAACAACUUUCACCUCUAAGCGGGAUCCGAUCUACUGCAAUAGAAAAAGCAUGUGUUUACAUGUAUUAAUUGAUCUCGGUCAUUGAUUUCAGAUCAGUCGGCAUACAUUACACCUUUACUAAAUUUAAAUUAUUGUUAUAUAAUCUUCAUUGUUGAUCUGAUAUUGGAAGGCCAAAAUCAGUAACUAUGUGACACAUUUACUUCGUCGAAUCCAAGUCCUUUUAAGUAACUUUCUUUUUAAUUUUCUUGAUUUAGCCUGCACUAGCUUGUUCUGAGGGAUCAAAACUUGCAUGUUUGCAGCAUCUUCAUUUUAAUUUUCACAUUUUGUUGCUAUACUUGAACAAUUAUUUUUCUUUUUAAUUUUGGGAUCA